CCGUAAGAAUCGCAACGAGUUUACAUGUUACCAGACUGGCACCUGGGCGAUUGGUAUUUUUUUCUUCUUAUUCUGUUAACACAGGCAGCCAGUCAGUUUUUGUUUCCGUAAAUUAAAUGGAUAAUUGGUUAGAAGUAUUUUUGCAUGGAAUGUGAAAUAUAGAAAAAUAUAUGUGAAUUCAGUGAAAUUUGUUUCUCGGAUUGGAAUAUUUGUUGGAAUAUACAAAUGUAGAACUUAUUCACUGAUGAAAAAAAAUAUUUCUACAGAAGUAAAAAAAUCAAAUUGGAUAAUAUAGCGAUAUUUCUUUUAAUAUUAUUUUGAUGAAAUAGGAUUAUUAACAUCAAAACAUUUACUGUAAUUUAUAUCAAUUUUAUGAUAUUAACACCGGUUGGAUUUUUAAACAAAACUUGAAGAAAAAAAAAAGAAUAAUAAUUGUUUCAGGAUUAAUUGAUAAAUAUGACGAAAGUUUGAAAAAGAAAUCACAUUACAAGAAAUCGCAUUACACGAAGCGCAAAAAACGUAAAAGAAGGUUGGAAAUGGGUUGGCUUUUAUCAUAAAUUGAAGGUCAAACAAUGGAUUGGUUUUAUAUUUCAAACAGUUUCAUCUAUAACUAUUUAUUAUGCUUGUGAGAACAUCAACAUUGCGAAUGAUGAAACUCAGAAUUGACCUCGUUAAAUUCCGGUACCUCUUGUUCAAUUUAUAGGUCAUAUAACGGAGUGAUUAUUACUUCCGGUUCCUUUUUUCACUCUUCAAAACGGAUGUAACAUCAACUUCCGGUUGCGUACUCUUCAAUCUCCGAUGUUCAAUACAUGCAUAGUAACAGAGGAUGUUUUGGUCAGGCAAUAGAAUAUAAUAGCCAUGGUGUUAAUUAAUUGAAUUGAUGUCGUUGCGGGUUUUAUACAGGCUGCAAGUUGAAUACAAAAGCAUGCUGGGAUAUUGAAUUAAUCCGCAAUAUGGAAGCGUUAUGAUUACAGUAACAAAUGUAAAUAUCCAAAGCACAGACGCUCUGUAUAAUUGUGCGAUUCGGAUCAUUUUAUCGGAGUGUAAAUAAAACCGUUUUCCCGAAAAUGACAUUAAGUAAAUUUGCAUAUAGCUAUAUAUAGAUUAAUUUGGAAUACAAUACUUUUUAGUGAUUAUUAUAACAGGGAAAUAGUACAUGCAAAAACAAGGAGCGGAGUGCAUAUUGCAACUGGAUCUGUUAAAAAAUAUAAUUAUCUAGUAAAAUACUAUUCAGUUGGAAUAUUUAAGUCGCUUUUGAAAGCUGUGACAAUAGAUGUCGUCUGAUGUAUUGAUUUGUCUUCAAAAGAACGCUAAUAAUCUGUGAUAAUAUAAAAUUAAGGUAUAAUAUCGAAAUGGUAGAAGACUACUAAAAGUGGCACGUUUAUUUCAAUCAUUAAGCGACGAAUAGAUAUAAACGGGUUUUAGGAAAUAUCUGAAUAAUUUUCAUAACAAAAAAGUUUUUGAUGUUGUUCAAGAAGGCUUGUAAAAAAAUUCUUGGUAAAUUGAUGCAUUUGUAUUAGGUGGACUUAUGAACCAAAAGGCUCGGAGUUUUAAUGUUAUCGAGGACCGCUGUUUUGUUUGGAAUUUACCAUAAAAUUGAAUAUUUAAUCAUUGAACGGAUUAUAUUCUGAAACUGUGAUAUAAAAACUUCAGAGAUUCGCCCUCAUCCUACAAAAUAUUGGGAAUUGUAUUCAUUGAUCACUAACGUAUACAUACAUAUAUGUGAUAUUGUAUAAAACGGCUGGAGAAAAAUCUCAAUCACGUCUGAUUGAAGCUUGUUUAGUGAGGUCGUAAGUUAAAAUAUUUCCAGUCAGCUUUUGUGUCUGAACACUGGGGAGGAGUUUUUUUUAACCAUUGCAUUUCAGCGGCAAAUAUCUAAUGUGCUAUAAAUGCAUGAAAAUACUUCGUGACAUAUUAUACAAGUUUAUAUUUCCAUUUAAAAUGUUGUCGUUGAAAGUAGUCAAAGGUAUUACCACAUAAUUUACUCUUCAAGAUGAGUAUGAACAAUCAAGACGCGGAUAAUCGCGUCAUAAUAAACGUCGGCGGUAUACGUCACGAGACGUACAAGGCCACGUUAAAGAAAAUUCCCGCCACAAGACUUUCUCGUCUGACGGAAGCGUUGGCGAACUAUGACCCUGUACUCAAUGAGUACUUCUUUGAUCGACAUCCGGGCGUUUUUGCCCAAAUAUUGAACUAUUAUCGAUCAGGAAAGCUCCACUAUCCAACUGACGUGUGCGGCCCGCUGUUUGAGGAGGAGCUAGAAUUCUGGGGCUUAGAUUCGAACCAGGUGGAGCCCUGUUGCUGGAUGACAUACACAACGCAUAGAGACACACAAGAUGUUUUAGGAAUUUUAGACAGAUUAGACCUGGAUACUGAUAAGCCUACCGAGGAUGAUAUUAUGAAGAAAUUUGGCUGGGAAGAGCAGCAUAGGGCUGGUGAACUGAACUUCUGGCAGCGCAUACAACCAAAAAUCUGGGCGCUUUUUGACGAACCGUAUUCUUCGACAUCAGCUAAAGUUGAACAUUUGCUCCACUUUUUUUCAAGGAUCAUCGCCGUUGUAUCCGUGUUUUUCAUCAUAGUGUCAAUCCUAUCAUUCUGUUUAAAGACUCAUCCGGAGAUGCGAGUACCUGUCCUUAGUAACGCUACAACCAAUAUUUCCGACAGGAACGUAACUUGGAGAUUAGAAAAAGAAAGGACGGAACCUCACGAAGCGUUCUUUUAUAUAGAGUGUGUCAGCAAUGCGUGGUUUACGUUUGAAAUAAUUAUACGUUUUGUAGUCGCACCUGUGAAGUUAGACUUUUUAAAGGCACCUGUCAAUAUAAUCGACAUCGUGGCAACCCUAUCCUUUUAUCUAGACUUCCUUUUAACCAAAUUGAAACAAGAGAGCGACAUCUUGGAGUUUUUCAGUAUAAUACGUAUUAUGCGUCUAUACAAGUUAACACGCCAUUUUGCCGGUCUCAAAAUUUUAAUACACACUUUUAAAGCUAGUGCAAAGGAGCUAGUACUACUAAUAUUUUUCCUAGUAUUAGGUAUUGUAGUUUUCGCCGCUUUGAUUUUCUAUGCGGAGCGGAUUCAAUAUAACCCAACCAAUGACUUCGAAAGUAUUCCAGUUGGACUCUGGUGGGCCAUUGUAACAAUGACAACCGUAGGGUACGGUGACAUGGUCCCAAAAACUUAUGUCGGCAUGUUUGUUGGUUCGUUGUGCGCGCUCACUGGUGUAUUAACCAUUGCACUUCCGGUCCCAGUUAUAGUGAGUAACUUUGCCCUUUUCUAUUCUCAUACUCAAGCGAGAUCUAAAUUACCGAAAAAGAGGAGAAGAGUUUUACCAGUUGAGGCUCCAAGGGGACCUAAAGGCCCCAAGGGCGUCGGUGGAGGAGGACCCGGGGGUGGGGGACCACAGAACAGAAGAAUGAACGCAAUAAAACAUUCCCAUCCGGGCGCUUUGGACGUUAAGAUGGGGAGAAUGGGUCCGUACCAUUAUGGAACGAGUGUUGGUCCAAGAUAUUAUUACUAUAGUGAAACAGUAGGCCGAAAUGGUGAGGAGAGCAUACCUAUGUUAAUGAUGAACCAUACAGAUAAGGAAGAAUCAACUCCCGGCAUGCCACCCCGAUCCCGACCCAAUGCAUCUGAAGUGAAGAAUACACCAAGACUUGUAGAAAUUACAUCUAAUCCCGGCACUCCCCUAAAAGUCACUGAGAUUUCCGACAAGGAAGAAAAAACAGUGCUGUCUAAAAGUAAUCCAAACAUCCCAGCCGACGGAAAACCGUUCACUCAGUCCGGACGGAAGUCUUUUCCUAAUCAAGAUUUCAUUCCAUCAAAUAGACCUCUGUUAUGCCAAGAUGCCUCUUCCAAUGCGCUCGCAAAUAUUAUGAAACAACCUGCGGGCAACUCAAAUACAGGGCUUAAUUCCAAGCCUAAUUCAACAGUCCCUGCACCAACACCCAACGCAAAUUCUCAUUCAGCUAUUCAUACAAAUGCGAACGCAAAUACAGAUAUCGUGAAAACUACAGAUGUUAUAGUACGGGACGCCAGCUCAGUAAAAUCUGCUAAUUCAGUAAGCACUGAACAACGAUCUGCAAAUCAGUCUCCUAACAAUAGUCCCCAUGCUUCGAAUAAUUUAGUUGCAGUUAACACGUAGCACUAAGUUAAUUACUAUUUAUAGAUGUUAUGACGGAUUAAAAUCUAUUUAUAGUGUCGCGUCUGCAGCUUGUCAGAACUCGGUUUGAAAACGAGGCUUCGUAUACAAUACAUCAGAUAAAACGAAAUGGAAACGAGGCUGUUCAAUGUUUUAAAUAUGUCAACGCAUGCGCAAAGCUGUGGAAGUUACAAUUUUGCAAAGAUGGGAGAGAAACAGAAAUAGAAAUGUCGAGCAUUACAAUUAUGCCAUAGUAAUUUGUUGGGAGAAAUGAUGAUAGCUGUUUACGAUAGAGAAUCAGUCAUCGAAAUCUUCCUUUUUAUUUGUUGAAAUAUUUUAUAAACUGUGUCCAGAGUUUAGAGGAGAUUUUGUGUUUAGACUGUCGUACUUUUAUGCUCCUUUUCAACUGCUUACAUACGUGUUAUAUAAAUAAAACAAUGUAUAUUUGUGUCUAGAAAGAGGACCUAUUUAAUAAGUGAAUAAGUCGUGGUGUGCUGAUUCGAAUAAAGGAUUGUUAAUUAGGAUUUUUCUAAAGUCGUAUCCAAGGAUAGAAGAACGCGAGAUGCAUGUGAAUUUAGUAUUAUAAGGAAUUUAAAUGUUCUUUUCUUCAAGUUAAAAUUACAGCUAAUAAGGUAGCCAUUUGGAGUUCUUUUUUCAAGGAUUUCGCUAGUACAACAAAUCCAGUCAGUAGUAAAAUGUUCCAGACAACAAGUUUGCGCCACCAAAAAUAGUAUGGGAUGUUUUUACAAUGCGCCAUUGAUCAAACUUAGCUAGGUUAUAUUCCGUGUAGACUGGAACAUCAAGAUACAAGUCAACCUGGUUUACAAGGAGCACUACAGCAAUCAAAAUGUUCUAUGAAAAAAUUGAUAUGAUAAGGGGCGACUGAACCUAGGACUAUCCAUGAGAAUUCAUUUCAUCAUGGUGAAAAGUUACCAAUAUGUCGACGUAAUAUAUUGAUUAAAAAUCCAUGUUCAAUAAGUUGACCAAUUUAUAGUUUAUCUAAUUUACGAUAUUUCCGAACAUAACUAAGGUACAACAAUGUUCUUUCAUUUUCGUUAUGACUUCACAUUUUUAGAAAUGUUAUUUGUUUUAUCUGUUGAAAUAUUAUUUUAUUAUUUUCCUGUUGUUUUUUUUUUAAAGAUCAUACAUCAAGCGUUGUAAUAAUUCCGUUAUUUACAUUCGAACUAGGCUUUUACAAUUUUACAAUUUAAAAAAAAAACACAUUUGAUUUAUAUAUUUUAAUGCAAAAGUUUUAAGAUGAUUACCGAUACGCUUAUAUAUAAGAAAAAGCAAGUAAAUAUUUAAGAAACUUGAAACGCUUAUUUAUUAAAGAAAAGACAAAUGUAACAAAGUGUUAACGGUCAAUGUUGAUAUAACGCUAUAUACAAUACAUGCAAAGUCCAGUAACAACACGUAUACAUUUUUAAAUUAAUCUUCAACAUUUAUUUACGCGUUUCGAUAAGAAACAGUAGCUAUAUCAGGGUUUUUUUCAUUUAUUUACCCUUUUUACGUAACCUUAUUAAAUAUUUAGAGAAACACCUUACAUUUUUUACUGACAUGUCAAUUUAAUACACAGUAGUCAUAAUGUUUUUGAACAUUGCAAAAGAUUAAAGUUAAAAUGAUGCAGGUUUUAUAUGCAAGAUAUAUCUUAUCAUUGAAAAAUAGAGUUGUCAUGUAUUAAACAAAAUAACAAAGUAAUAAUGGAUAAUGCACGGUUCGAAUUCAAUUGCGCAGGAAUAUAGAAUCACGAAGGCCAAUAUGCAUGAGUGAUUAAGCAUUUGAACGAUAAAACGUGCAUUAUUAUUGUAUAAUGCAAGAAAAAUUAAUAUCUAUUUCCAUUCAUUUCCAUUCUAACAUGCUAAUAAAAAGUAUUGAUAAAAAUAUGUUGAACUACAUUGAGCGAGUAAGUGAUUUUCUUGAUGCCAUUUGGAUUAUUGGCGUCAAUAAUGACGUAAUAUGACGUGUAAGCAAACGUCUUUUAUGGUGUGCAUAUAUCUUUUAAUAAUGCACUUGAUUUUCCUAUCUGUUUGAUAGGGAAAUAGUAAGAAGCGUGUUAGAAUGAUAUUUAUUAGCAUUUCUAACAGUUGCUAUCUUUAGCGAAGACAUGGCGUCAUUUUCAUUCAAUAUCCGUAUAUAGGCAAUACAUAAUAUGCGGAGAUCUGUUCUUAAAUAAUCUAUAAAAAUCUCAAAUUUAAAGUCUAGAUGCGCCAAGUUUGACAGUAGACCGUUUUUAUUCCUAAACUUACAUUUCUGUAAUAGAUUUUGUACCCAAAGACAUAGCACUUGGUGUUAUUCUUGACCGAUAAUGAACAUCAGAUAUGUAUAAUCGUAAUUUUGAUGAUAUAUCUAAAAACUAUACGAAAUAUAGAACAGAAUAGAACAUAUUUUAUUACAUAAUAUGACUUGAACAUAACCAUAACAGUUCCUCGUCACCACACAUAUAAUAUACAACAUACAUUCAAUACACCGAACAUGAACGUACAAAUAUACAAAAUGAUAGAAAUUUUCCGAUAAAUACUGUUAGAAAAUGAUAUUUUUUCAAUUAUUACCGUUAGAAAAUGAUAUUUUUCAAUAAAUACUGUUAAAAAUGAUAUUUUUGAAUAAAUACUGUUAGAAAAUGAUAUUUUCCAAUAAAUAAUGUUCGACAAUGAUAUUUUUGAAUAAAUACUGUUAGAAAUUGAUAUUUUCCAAUUAAUACUGUUAAAAAUGAUAUUUUCGAAUAAAUACUGUUAGAAAAUGAUAUUUUCCAAUAAAAGCUGUUAGAAAAUGAUAUUUUCCAAUAAAUAAUGUUCGACAAUGAUAUUUUUGAAUAAAUACUGUUAGAAAUUGAUAUUUUCCAAUUAAUACUGUUAAAAAUGAUAUUUUCGAAUAAAUACUGUCA